AUGCCAAGGUCUGUGUCAUGGUUACCAACUCCUCUACUCUUCCAGAUGAAAUUCCCAUCUCCAUGGAUGGUGAUGACUUUUCUCUUAAGGUUAUCUAUGAUUGGAAACAUGUUCCUUGUACUGGUUGUGGUUCCUUGGUUCAUCCAUCCUCUCUUUGUCAAAAACCCUCCGCCUAAACCUAUUACUAUUCCCAACUCCCGGGGUAGGAGCACUAGCCGUGCUAGACCUCCCAGACUGCCACCUCCCACUAAGGCUCCGGCAAUCUUGCCUAAACCUGAUGCUCCUCUUAAUGUUAACCUUCCUUCUUCCCAACCGGACUCUCAAGUUGGCCCUAUCCAACCACCUCUUUCUCUGCCUUCGCCUUUACCUUUGACUGAUCCAUUACCUCCUUCUACUACUCUACCCAUAAAUUCUCUUCCUCUAUCACAUUUAUCUCCACCAAAAGAUCCAAUACCAAACUUAAAUUCUUCUUCUGAAGAUUUCUCUUCUUCAGACAUCCCUUCUUCCUCUGCUUUACCGUUGCCUGUCUCCAACCCUUCCAAAAUUAGACCUGUGUUUCCCCCUUCCCCUAAGUCUUCUCAGAAUUUGGACUCUACUAUUUCCACCAUUACAUGGCAACCUAAACAGAUCAACUCCUCCUUGUCUCCCAAUAAAUUUGCUAUCCUUGAACCCGAAGAACCUCCUGACAUAGCUGUGCACUACUCUCCCAAAUCCUCUUCUAAUGUGGUAGAGUCUAAGCUUGAUGAUCCUCCUGGAAAAUCCACCAACUACAAAGUUAACACCUCAAAUUGCAACAACUUUGAUCACUCAUUUCCUGGUCGGAUAUGGAUUAAGUGGAACCCUGCUGUGGUCACUUUUAUCCCAUCUUUUUCUUCUUCUCAGUUAAUACAUGGUUGUAUUCAUUAUGGUGCUUCGAAAAAGUUCUUAGUUUCUGUGGUCUAUGCGGCAAAUUCCUUGGAGGAUAGGAAAUUACUUUGGCAGGACCUGUCUUCUAUUGCUGUCAAUAUUACUUCCCCUUGGGUCAUAAUGGGGGACUUUAACUGUUAUAAAGAUUCCAAUGAUAAGUCGGGUGGCUCCCCCACUCACUUUAGUCAUUUUGGUGAAUUGAAUGGAUGGUAUUCUUCCUCUGGCACUUUUGAAUUUGCUUCUACCGGACUCCAUUACACUUGGUUUAACAAACGUGCAAAUGACCCUGUCCAUGUUAAACUUGAUAGAAUGAUUGUGAAUCAACUCUGGUUCCAAUUCAAGGAUUAUUGGACUAAUAUGGAUGGUUAUUGGGAGAAUGUUAUUGCGGCUUUUUCUGUACAUUUUGGGGGGAGUCCGAUUUGUAACUUAUAUGGGAAACUGAAAGACUUGAAAAUUUUGCUUAAGAAAAGGAGUUGGGCUGAUUCCUCCUUUAUCAUGAAUAAAAUAAGUGCUACUGAGAAAAGGCAAUCCCAUUUGCUUUACCUGAUUUCUGGUAAUCCACUUGAUUCCAAUUUGAAUGACAAUCUUAAAGACAUUGCAAAUGCUGCGGUUUCUUACUUUAAGAAAAUUUAUAAUACUCCCGUUCCUAGUUGCCCGAAUAUUUCUAGUUUUCCUCCUGGGAGUGUCAUUCCCUCCCAUUUGAUUCAACCUCUCAUUGCCCCGAUCACCAAUGAUGAGAUCAAAUCUGUUGUCUUCUCGGGGCCUAAUUCCUCCUCUCCGGGUCCGGAUGGGUUUAGUUUUACUUUCUAUAAAAGGUCUUGGGAGGUGAUUGGCUUCUAUGUUUGCAAUGCUGUUAAACAUUUCUUUUCUUCAGGCCAGCUGCCCUCUGCCGCCAAAGCCACGGGUAUUGUUUUAAUCCCAAAACACUCACAUGCUUCUAACAUCUCUGAUUACCGUCCGAUUUCUCUUUGUAAUGUUCUCUAUAAGAUCAUUGCGAAGAUUUUGGCAAUUAGACUUAAAGAGGUGCUGCCUUUCAUCAUUCAUAAAAGCCAAGCUGGCUUCAUCUCCAAAAGAAUUUCUUCGGAUAACAUUGUGCUGGCCGCUGACAUUUUGAGGACCUUUAAUGUUGAACGGGUUAACAAGUUCCUCUGUGCUAAAUUAGAUAUUAAAAAAGCCUUUGAUAUUGUUUCCCGUGAGUUUCUUUUGCAAAGGCUUGCCAUAAAGGGGUUCCCUGAACAGUUUAUUACCUGGAUUAAGGGGUGUAUUAUGGAUGUUCCUUUUUCUGUCAUUAUUAAUGGAACUUUGGAGGGUUUCUUUAAAUCUUCCUCGGGUCUCCGUCAAGAUUGUCCCUUAUCACCCCUUCUUUUUACUGUGGUUAUGGAUGCAUUUUCCUCCGCUCUGGAGGAAGGCAGUUUCAAAGGCAUUUCUUGUGGCUCUAUGAAUUUCAGCCAUCUACUUUAUGCUGAUGAUGUAUUGGUGUUUGGGGAAGCUUCCUUACAAAAUGCCAUGGAUCUUAAAGACACUCUCAAUAAUUUUGCUGCCUCUACUGGGCUUUACAUCAAUGAUAAUAAAAGUUCUAUCCUCUUCUCCUCUAAUACCACUGCUGCCCAUGACAUUUCCAACCUGCUUGGUUUCUCCCUUGCUGAUCAUUCCAUCAGCUAUUUGGGUAGAAUCCAAUAUUUGAAGUUUACUAUUGCAAAUACUAUCACUUAUUGGAUAAGAGGAGCUAUUUUACCCAAAUGCUGCUGCAAAGUCAUUGACAAGUUAUGCUCUAAGUUUCUAUAUCACGGCACUUCCUUUGGGAAGAAACUCCACUUAAUUUCUUGGAAAAAAACUUGUCUACCUACGGAGAUGGGUGGGCUGGGAAUACCUGACAUUCAUUCUCUUUCUUUUGGUUACAGCUGCUCCUUCAUUUGGAGAUUUUAUUCCUCUAAUUCCCUACCUGGUGAUUGGUUUAGACUGAGAAACUCUUCCCCUUUGAAACCCCCAACUGCUAAAGCUUCUAAAUUUUGGACUUUCACCUGCAAGACUGCUACUAGACUCAAGCAGAAUUUAAAAUUUGUGGUUACCCGUUAUAACUGUAUCAUGGACUCUAUCUGGGACCCCUGGAUUAAUGGUGUGGCCGGAUAUGAACUUAUGCAUUCUACUGUUUCUGGAUAUUCUGCUGUUAAAAAUUUGAUUGUGGACGGGUUUUGGGAUCUGUUUGGUUACACUCUUUCGGGUAUCUCUCACAUUAUCUCCUCUAUUCCCAUUUUGGACAAUCAUUUGGAUUGUGUGGAAUGGACCGGAGUUGGUAAACUGUGCUUUAAAACUUUCAGGAAGCUUUUUUACUCUGCUGUUGAGAAGGUUAACUGGUCUAUUUUCAUUUGGCACAAGAGGUCUGCUCUUAAGUACUCUUCUUAUGGUUGGCUUGCUGUUUGUGAUGGUGUAUCAACUGCUGAUAAUUUGAGAAAGCGGAACAUUUUUAUUAACAGCACUUGCCAUCUUUGUGGAAAGGUGGAUGAAUCUAUUUUGCACAUGUUUUUACCUAAAAGAAAUUUUGUUUUUUGGUCAUUUGCUGCUCUGUCUACUAUCUUUGGCGGGAAAGAAAUGUUAGACGUUUUGAAGGGAUUUCGGAAGACCAUAUCACCAUCUGUAACAAGAUCUCUCAUGCGCUUAAGGUCAAAACGAAAUGCUGGAAAUUUUUGGAUAAGCUGCAAUUCAAGUUCCCACAAUGCUUCUUUUAGCAUCAACGUUUACAUACUGAUGGAUUUCAAGGGCAAUGAUGAUUGGGACCGGCUCCUAACCCCUCCGCCCCUGGACGGCCAGGGCUCUUUUGUCCCUUCUUUGGCAAUUGGUUGGGCACUUACUGCAAGUGCUAUUACUUCGAUUUUGUUUGCUUUGGCAACCGUGGCAUGUCCGGUUCUGCUGCUUAUGGGGGCUCUGAGUUAUUCUAUCUACAUGCAGUUUUGUUAUUGGGAUCGGUCUCAUUUUUCCUGA